AUGUCGAAACUCCUCUUGCUUCUUCUUCUUUGUGCUCUCCUGACGGUGUCCGUAUCAGUUGCUCCAAGGUCCUACUUCAAAGCGACCGUCGCCUUGUACUGCCCAAUAAAAGGAUACUGGGAAUACUUCGUACGGAUGUGGGAAUCAAAUGAAGGAGGAAGUACGGAUAGAGAGUUACAAGAAAAACACGACACAACUUUCGAUCAGUUGGUGUUCAUCGAUCUACAGUACGAUCUGAAAGAAACAAGCAAAAAAGGAAACGAGGAUGAUGCGGAAAUCGAGUUCAAAUACUGGCAUAAUUGUACGAAAGAUGGAAAGGAUACGGAAUGGAUUGGUGCAUUGGAUGAACUCAAGAUUCCUCUUGGUAAAAAAUAUCAGUAUGGCUUCAAAGCGGUACAUCUGGAUAGAGAAAAUGCGCCAGGGAAUGCGCCCAGCAAGAAAAAAUAA